AUGGCCGGCACACGGAAUUAUGACUUCCUGAUCAAACUACUGCUGAUCGGAGACUCCGGUGUGGGCAAGUCAUGUUGUCUCCUACGAUUCAGCGAAGACUCCUUCACCCCAUCAUUCAUCACUACCAUCGGCAUCGAUUUCAAGAUCCGCACGAUCGAACUGGACGGAAAGAGAGUGAAACUGCAAAUCUGGGACACAGCAGGCCAGGAGCGCUUUCGCACGAUCACGACGGCGUACUAUAGAGGCGCCAUGGGUAUUCUCCUUGUCUAUGAUGUGACAGACGAGCGAUCAUUCCAAAACAUUCGGACGUGGUUUUCAAACGUCGAGCAGCACGCUAGCGAAGGUGUACACAAGAUCCUUAUUGGAAACAAGUGUGACUGGGAAGAGAAACGAGCGGUUACUACCGAGCAAGGCCAGCAGCUUGCCGAUGAACUCGGUAUUCCUUUCCUUGAGGUGUCGGCUAAGAACAACAUCAACAUUGAGAAGGCGUUCUACAGCCUUGCAUCGGAUAUCAAGAAGGGGAUGGACACAUCCAAGACUGAACAAUCGGGUUCCCAGGGGGUGAGUAUAGACCAGCAGGGCUCGGGUGUGAACGGUAACUCCGGAGGAAAGUGCUGUUAG